GCUACGAACACUUCUUUGUCGGAAAAAAGUUGGUCUUUAUACAGCAAGAAUAGCCAAGGUGAAAUGAUUCAGCUAACCUUCAAUGUUUUGUAAUCAAUUUUAUUCUGGCUUGGCUCGCUCUAAAUCAGGCAAAUGAAGGCGUAACAGACAGAGUGGGAAAAAGCACCUUAGUGAUCGACCACAAGAGAGGUAGAUAAAGAAAGGGUAUGUUUUCCAAACAAGGCGACAAAGAUAAGGAGAGGGGUAAUCGCCAAAAUAAUUCUUUACCGAAAUCAGCCACGAGAGCAGAUGGAAGGAUAAAAACACUACGCAGCUUGCGCUUAAAGUAUUUGCACUCUACACGCCCUACGGAAACCACUAGAGAGUCACCUUCUUCAACACCUGAAGAUAAAAGAGGGGAUUCUUUCUUCGUCAAGACAGAUAUCUCACCUGCUCUAACUUCUAAGCAAGCUACAUUAAGUAAAUCUCCUGAGGCGAAAGUUUAUCGAUCAUUCACGGAAGAGAAAGGAACGAAUCAAGUGGGGGGAGGUAUAAGAACCUUAAAGCCUGAACAAACAAGCACAGAGAAUGCCAAAACAAGCUUCACGAAACGGUCAACAGAAACGGUCCACACAUCUCCUAUCAUUCAGCCAGCCGACGCAGUCAAGCGUUACGCUUUACUUAGAGGAAUGUUAAGUCAAUCUAGAUUUGAAAAAGACCAUGAUGUAAAGAAAGAUAGAAAUGACGGCAAGAUAAUCCAGGAUAAAGCUCAACGCCGACCAAGCAGGUUGACCUCUGAUACAGUGCAACUAGAUCAGAAAGAAUACAAACAAUGGAUAAACAGGGUUUCGUUUUGCGACUCAAAAACAGUGAACGACUCAUGGAAGACAACCAAUGUUGGCUCUAGGAGCGACGAUAAAUAUGUGAUAACAGGAACGCGGUUUCCUAAACGAAUCUACAUCCGGGAGGUUUCAAACGGUGCUAUUGUCGACGAAAUAGUUGAUGUUCAAAGCGAGAGAGACUGGGAAGUAUUGAACUAUAUGUCGCCACUACGUCACAUAUCAUGUGACCCACAGGAACGUUCCAAGAGCCUUAACUUCCAAGAUUUGAAAAACUUUGACGUUUAUUAUUACCCACAUCCGUGGAGAUAACGAAUUAUUAGUACAAAUAAUUCACAAAUGUUAUUUAUUAGCAUGCUCACCUAUAAAGGGGAAUGUGAUAUUUCAGAUGGUCGACAGAGAGCUAGCUAGGCCAAAUUACGACCACAGAGUCAUUGAAAAUACUUAGCGCCGGUUUGAUACAAUAGUCUGAUAUUGUACCAAAAGCAUCUAAGAUUGCUGAAAUGCUUGAGAUUUGAUUAGCUGGCUGCGGAAAGGUAAAGAAAAUUUGCACCCACUCACUUUGUGAGCUUUUGACUCUCUAUAAACUUCUAACUUCUCCACCGAAAUUUAUCAAGAGUUGAAAAUAUCACUCCUUCUCCGUCGAAACAAUCCUCCUCCCCUGAACCAGUUUGCAUAAUAAUACAUUCUAUCCAUUAUACAUUCUAAAUGAGGCCCGCAUACUUCUCUUUGAGUUGGUAAGCCGUUGCUAUAAACAAGAGUCAUAUUACAUCGAAGUACUGGUACUUACCCCAAUAUGGAUACAACGCAGCCAUUUCACUACAGAAGUAAUCUCUUAAGUGAUAUACGUGUAGGUAUCACUGGUCCUCUGAAAUAGAACAAAACGCGCGUAAUUUAUUAUUUUUUCCAGCAGAUGCAUUAGAGAAUUUCUCCGUUUUCUAGAAAGCAUAGACAAGGCUUGUUCCAGAGGAGUGUACCUUUUUAAAAUUAUACAAACUUAACGAUAAGUUCACUAUCGAGUAUUCCGUUGGGGUGGAUCGAAAUUACUGCAACAAAAUAAAAAGA